AUGCCAGACCUCCCGUGCGACGGAGAUGGCGUCUGCAUGGUCUGCCGCGCCGCCGCCCCGCCCGAGGUCGACCUCCUCCGCUGCUCCACCUGCGCGACGCCAUGGCACUCUCCCUGCCUCUCCGAGCGCCCCGCGCUCUCCGACGCCGCAAGCUGGAGCUGCCCCGACUGCUCUGGUUCCAGCUCUGCUCCCGCCGCCGCCCCCGCGGCAGGAGGCGAGCUCGUCGCCGCCAUCCGCGCUAUCGAGGCCGACGCUACUCUCUCCGACCAAGAUAAGGCGCGACGCCGCCAGAAGCUCCUCGCCGGAUCUGCCGCCGCCGAUGACGAGAACAAGGACGAGGGUGAAGGGGAUGAUGUCCUCGAGAUGCUUGGCAGAAGCUUCAGUUGCGCCUUCUGCUUGAAGCUGCCCGAUCGCCCCGUCACCACACCAUGUGGCCAUAACUUCUGUUUGAAAUGCUUCCAGAAGUGGAUACAUAGUGGAAAGAAGACAUGUGGCAAGUGUCGUGCACAGAUCCCGUCAAAAAUGGCACAGCAACCACGAAUUAAUUCCAAUUUAGUGGAAGCUAUUCGCAUGGCAAAAAUUUCGAAGAAUGCUAAUUCAGAUAGCUCAGCAGCGACAUAUCAUUACAUCCGGAAUGAUGAUAGGCCUGACAAGGCAUAUAGAACUGAGAGGGCAAAGCGGGCUGGAAAGGCAAAUGCAUCAAGCGGCCAGAUCUUCGUGACCAUUGCUCCAGACCAUUUUGGUCCCAUUCUUGCAGAAAAUGACCCCAAGAGGAACAUUGGCGUUCGAGUUGGGGAAACAUGGGGAGACCGACUUGAAUGCAGGCAAUGGGGUGCUCAUUUUCCUCAUAUUGCUGGUAUUGCUGGCCAGUCCACACAUGGUGCUCAGUCAGUAGCACUUUCAGGAGGAUACGAAGAUGAUGAAGACCAUGGGGAGUGGUUCCUUUAUACUGGAAGUGGUGGGAGAGAUCUAAGCGGAAACAAGAGAACAAACAAGGAACAAUCUUUUGAUCAAAAGUUUGAGAAGAUGAAUGCAGCUUUGCGUAUCAGUUGCAUGAAGGGUUACCCGGUCCGGGUUGUGCGGUCCCACAAAGAGAAGCGCUCUUCCUAUGCUCCUGAAUCUGGUUUGAGGUAUGAUGGAAUUUAUAGAAUUGAGAAAUGCUGGAGGAAGAUUGGUAUUCAGGGUAAGUUCAGAGUAUGCAGGUAUCUCUUUGUACGCUGUGACAAUGAACCAGCUCCUUGGACCAGUGAUGAUCAUGGUGACCGUCCAAGGCCAUUGCCCAAGAUACCGGAGCUACAAGAUGCAACUGAUAUAACUGAGAGAAAAGGACGUCCUGCAUGGGACUAUGAUGAGAAAGAAGGUUGGAGAUGGAUGGCUCCUCCUCCAAUCAGCAGAAAGCCUGUUCUCACUGGUGUUUCUGAGACUGACAAGCAAAUCCGGAGAAGAACAAGGUGUGCUCAGAUGUCUGUGGCCGAAAGACUGCUGAAAGAGUUUGCUUGUUCUAUCUGCAAGGAAGUGAUUAAAGAACCACUCACUACUCCCUGUGCUCACAACUUUUGCAAGACUUGUUUGCUUGGGGCAUAUGAUACCCAGUCCUCUGUGAGAGAAAGAAGCCGUGGUGGUCGGACUCUAAGGGCUCAAAAGAUUGUGAAGAAGUGCCCUUCCUGCCCAACUGAUAUCUGUGACUUCCUAGUGAAUCCACAGAUCAACCGAGAGAUGAUGGAUCUGAUCGAGUCUUUGCAGAAGGCUGUUGAAGAAGGCGGUGAUGACACUAACGAAUGCGGUGAUGAUAGUGAUGACUUGGAGGAAACUGAUGGUGGUUUGGCAAAGGGAGAGGACGAUAUCAGCUUGAAUGAGGAUGAGCAAGGUAGUGAUGAGGAUAAGAAGAUGGAUUGCGAAAUCGAAGAUUCAGAUGUCAACGCUGAUGGUUCUGUCAAAACUGUGGCUGAAAUCAAGGAGGGAGACGAGCAGCCUAAUAAGAAGGAUAAAGGAGAUGCUGAGGAAGGAAAAGAUGCUAUGAAGAACAAGACGAAUGCAACAGAAGUGGUGGAUGCGUUAGUCGAAGAAGACGCUGUGGAAGAGAUCAAGGGCUCCAAGGAGGUUGACAACAAUGAAAGCCAGCAGCCUCAGAAGGGAGACGACACUGACAUUGGCAUAGAUGGCAGUAAAAGGAUGAAGACUAGUGCAUCCUUGGACGAGACUGCUGGUGUGUAA